AACACUAUGUUUGCUGAUAGCUGCAGGUGAAAGUUCAUGGGUGUUUUUUUACAAGAGUAAAGCUAGGUUUUGGCUGUCAUUUCUUGAACUGCUCAGAUACUGUAUAUCAGUGAGGAUGGAGCUUUUCUUUCUGUUCUUGAUCAUAUGUGUGUGCUGGCAGAAUGGCAUCGCCUCUCCCAUGCCAGUGACAUGCCAGGACAAUGCUGUGGUGAAGGCAGCUGAGGAGACUUUAGAUCAGAUAAAUGCAGACAGACAGGGGGGUUAUAUUCUCUCACUGAACCGACUGUAUGAUUUCAAACAGGAUAUAAAGGAAGAAGGUUUGACGCAUUUACAAUUGACAAUAGAUGUGCUGGAAACAAAGUGUCAUGUGAUCAGCAGGAGGAAAUGGAAAUCAUGUGCUGUUAAGGGUGUGGGUGAUCUACCGGUUUUUGGAAUUUGUGAGGCAACUGUUACCAUUGAGACGGCCAUCAAAGUUCAGAAUUAUAAUUGCACUAUUCAACAAGUGGCAGCUACAGCUAUUUUACAAACUUGCCCUGAUUGUCCAACCGCAGAACGCUUAGAGGAUCCCGUUAUAGCUGAAACUACAAAGCUGGCUCUACGGAAAUUUAACAAAGAGAGCAACAUUCCUUUUAACUUUGCUCUUCUUAAUAUAACAGCGGCCAGCAUGCAGUGGGUUAUUGGUCCAUCCUACUUUGUGGAGUUCACCAUUCAAGAGACGGACUGCAGGAAAAACAUUGCUGAUACUGACUUCACACAGUGCAAGCUCAAGGACUCUGAGUCAGCUCACAAGGGGUUUUGCGCUGGUUCACACAUCACUGCUGAUGAUGGACUGGAGGUCAGUGUUCCUGUCGAGGUCAAAUGUGAAAUCUAUCAACCAGCGUCUACACAACAAGGAACUUCUGAACCUUUUGGAUCAAUACAUGUCCACUCCCCUCCACCCACUCAAACUCCCCCGAGAGCCAGGCCAGUGGCCAGCAACUGUCCUGAACCAAGACGACACCAUCUUGUAUUGAAAGAGCUACAUCUCUGAAUAAUAAAAAAAUCACGUGCAUCCAUAUGGUCAAAUCUAAAGUUCCAUUUUUAGGCCUAGAGUAGUUCAUGCUCUUUGUGUUACCACUUUCAGAUUCAGGUUUUUACUGUACACAAUUUUUUGUUUAUUCACAGUAACAAAACUAGUUUAAUUUUUAUCAGGUUUUAUUAUUGGGUGAGAUUCCCCCAUUACUUAUUGAAAUGGCUUCAUUUUUCACCCCAAACACCACAUUUGAAUUUGAAUUAAUGGAACAUAAUAGAUAUGAUUAGAUAUUCAAAAUAUGAUUGUUUUUAAAAUGUGGUAUUAAAUACCAUGAAUUAGUUGGCAAUAAAAUAAUUAUUUUGACAAAUGGCUGGUAUCUUUAGGAAUUAAAUGAAUAUAUAAAUAUAUGAAUACAGUCUUUUAUGGAUCAUGCUGUGUUGUAAAACCCAUGUACUAUUCACGUUUUAUACAAACUUGUAUGCUUAUAAACCACAUAUUCAAUGCACCAACACACAAAGACACAGUUCGGUUUCCAUGUUUUUAUGGGGUCUUUCCAUAAUUUUUUUAUAUUGUACAAACUGUAUAUUGUAUCCCGUAACCCUCAUCCUACCCCUAAACCUAACCAUCAAACAAACCUUUAUGCAUUUUUACAUUUACGCUCCUGUCUGUCAAAGCCAGACUUGGUGCAAUUGGAUUCUUCUGCAGAGGUCAGGUACGGAUGCACUUCCCAUAUCUUGGAUAUGUGGAUCUUGAACACAAGAUGAUGAAAGAGAACACUUUAAUGAUCGUAAACAGAAGGUUGUAACAUUAAGAUUUAUUUUUACAUUUAGACACGACAAUGAACAAAGGAACAAGCUGAGUAUAUAAAGUGUCCAGGUGAUGAGGGGAAUGCUGGCAGGUGUAGUGAUGACAGAUGAGGUACAAGUGAAGGAGCAUGGAAGAUUGUGGGAAGUGUAGUCCGUGGGGCAACAGGCAAAGAUGAACACGUUAAGUAGACAGGGGCAGACAGGACUGUGACAAUCUUGUUGAGUUCUUACAAUUAAUAUCUGGAAAUAAAAAUAACACUGAAACAUUUUUUAAAUUAUUUCAUUGUACUUUUCAAGAUGUAUAACACUUUACUUUGCCUGCUUAUUUGUCUACACAGCUUUAAUGACAAACAAGUGUUUAUAUAAAAGAGGAAAGGUUUUUUUUGUAGUCCUUUGUAGUUUUUCCAGUUAAUUAGUUUCUCCAGGUGUUUUCUUUGUUUCCUUUAUUACCCCUUGAAACCCUGGUGUUUCCUGUGUCUGGUGUUGGUCUUUGUUUAAUGCUUCGUUUAGUGUCUGUCUUUUGUUUUAUGCUUCGUCUAAUGUCUGGAUUACCUUGGUUUGUGUUUUUCCUGUAUGAUUUUCAUUAAACGUUUUACUGCACCAGUACAGAGCCUGCUCGCAAGAUGGCCGCCAGCCCAGAGCCUCCAGUCAUCUGGCUGCCACACCGGUGGUCCCUAGUCCAGUUGUCCUGGAGGCGUCUGUUCCUGAGGUCCUGUCCCUGGAGUCAGAUCUACCGGUUGUGGUUAGAGCCUUGUGGUGUGUCUGGGCUGUGUAUUGCUCUCCUGCUCCAGAGGUCGCUGACAAGCUGAACGCCCUGGACUCUUCCAUGCCAAGUGCCUCAGAUAAGAUGGCCGCUCUGACUUCUUCUGCCACAUCCAGGCUUCCAGCUCUCCCUGCUCCUCCAUGUAGUCCCACCUAUACGUCUGUCUUGCCCACCCAAUGAGAAUAAAAAAAUAACACCAAAAAUUGCAGUAUUUUUCCGUUGGCUGGAAGCAACGCAACUCUUCACUCACAGAGCGACUUUAGUUUGUAACAGAGAAGCAUGCUACAUGCUAUGGUGGAAGCAAAAUACUGUGGAAAGGAAUUUUAGGCACACUGCACGCUUGCUUUGAGUUUAUUAUAAACAGCAUGUAAAAGUAAUUGUGCAGUAAAGUCUGAUUCAUUUAUUAUAAUGGGAGUUUUUGCGGUCUUAUUUUGUGCCGUUAACAAACAGCUAGUAUUUGCUUGCAAUAGGCUAGAUUUUAACCUGUUGACCAUCAGUAAUGACUGAAAGCUCCAUCUUCCGAAGCUCCCGCUAAAUAAAUAAAUCUGUCUCCCUCCAUCUCAAACACCCCAAUUCAUGCUGCAGGUGGUAGCAAAAAACUGUGCAAAAUUGUUUAGUUUACGCGCGCUGAGCGUUCCCGUACCUCAUAAACAACAGCAGAUAUGAUAUAAAGUUCAUUGUGCAGUGUAAUUAGAUUCAUUCAUUAAAACGGGAGUUUUUUGCGAAAUUAAACAGAAGUCAGGGAUCGUUCAGUGAUGGGGAUUGUUCUUAGCCCACUUUAUAGGCUUCUAUUUAUGUCCAGUUUACAUAACCGCUUUAUUAAUGAGUAAAACAUCAGUAAAACCAAACGCACACAAUUACUAUAUAAAAGGCAAUAAUCAACAAUAAUUAUUUUUGUUUUAAUCUCUCAGUCUUCUGUAAUGAAUGCGUGUUUUUUAUAUUUAUAACAUCAUAAAUCAUUUAAAUCCUGCAUGUAUUGCAGUCAUAUAUUGCAGUGUUUGUUGAAUUCCAACAAAAGCAAACCUUAAGAGUGACAGUCAGCAACAAAAAAAUCAGAGUUUUGUGAUGCUUAAAACUAAAUAUGAACUUAUUUAAUUUUUUUUGCGUCUUUUCUGUUGUUUUGACCCGUUUUUUUCUCCAGUUCAUCUUCUGCAAAAAAAUGAAACAUUUUUAUAUGAAAUUUGGGAGAAAUGUUGUCAGAAGUUCACAGAAAUAAACAAAAAUGAUAAUUUUACCAAAACACAUUCUUAAAAAAACAUUUAAAAAUGGUCUCUUAAUUUUUAUUUGCGGCUAUAUACUGUGUGUGGUAAAUGCCCACCCAGGAUAUCUGCUAGCCCACCCUUUUGCACCUGCCAGAAACCGGGCCUGCCGCCACGCCCAGGUUUCCAGCCCUGCCUGCCAGGCCCAGGUUUCCAGCACUAACUGCCAUGCCCAGGUUUGCUGCUCUGCCGGCUCCGCCUCCAGCUCCGCCCUGGAGUCCACCAGGUCUGCCGCUGCACCACGGCCCAUGUCCGCCUCUGCACCAGGGUGCUAGCCCUCUUCCCCUACACCUGCCUGGCCCUCCAUCCCUCCCCCUGUUCCGCCUCCACUUCACCACCCUCCUGGACCAUUGUGAGCGUCUGGAAGCCGCUCUUAGGGGGGGGGGUGGCUCUGUCACGAUCCCAGUCUGUGUUCCCCUGUUAUUUUGGACUUUUAUGUUAUGUCCUGUUGCGUGCCAUGUUUGUAGUCCUUUGUAGUUUUUCUUGUUAAUUAAUUUCCCCAGGUGUUUCUUGUUUCCUUUGUUACACCAGUGUAUUUAAAUCCUAGUGUUUCCUUUGUGUAUGUCUUUGUUUUAUGCUUCGUUUAGUGUCUGGAUUACCUUGGUUUGUUUUUGUCCUGUAUGCUUUUCAUAUGGUUUACUGCACGUGGAUCCGCUUCCUGCCUAGUUACUCUCUGUUACAGUCUGAAGCUCUUAUAGUUAACUGAAAUUAAAACUCAAUGUAAAAUUAAAACCAUAAAACAUUUUUAUAGCUUUAAAUGAACUGAUAAAAGUGAUAAAAAACAAAAAACAUUACAGUUCACUGUCUAAAAGCUGGUUGCAGUGUUCAGUUAUAUUUAUAUCUUUAAUAUAUUUUUAUUUAAAUGCCUUCUUAAUAGUUUUUGUUAGUGUGCAGUAUACCCUUGAUGAAAAGACAAUAAAUUAUAUUAUUGUGUGAGACUUGUAGCCAGCUAAUCUAUUUUAUAUAAGUUCAUUUUAUUAAUAUAUUGUAAUUAAGUUUAUCUAAUUUCUCUAAUAGUAUGAAUUACUUUAAUUUCUUAUAAAAUGUCAAUAAAAACAUUCAUCUGAAAGGAGGGGGCCAAAAAUUCUGUCUAGCUCGCAACAUAAUAGUAGGAAUUAAUUUAAUUUCUUAUAAAAUGAAGGGAGGGGGCCAAAAAGUCUAGCUCAAAUUCUAGCUAAAAAAUUCUAGCUCACAACGGUUCAUAGCACCUGUUGAAUAUUGAGAAUUGUCCAGCAGGGGGUGGUAACCCACAGUGUAUGGGUUUGUGCACUAUUAAAAGCCUGUGAAUAAGAGCAUUGUGUGUGCGCUAUUGUAGGACAGAAAUACAGUGCUGCAGGGAUGACGUAUUCUUGUAGGCCAACCUGGAAGUUAAGGCCAGACUGGUUCCCUCAUCCAAAAGCCUAUGGAAUUUUCCCAUAGACUUACAGAAUAUUGCAAAAACAUAAGCUCUGUGAUCAACAAAAGUUUAUGACGCAUAAUUAAUGCAACAAUUAUUAAUUUCUGAAGCAUAAAUAUAAUCGCCAGAAGUAAAAAGGUAACACGAGGCUAUACAGACUACGGACCAUGGUGGUCGCUUGAUAUUAAUGCCACUCACCACCACCAAGCCUCUGACAGCUAUUUUUUUAGUAUUCCUUGAUGAGUAAUUACGCUGUGAAUAAAUCUACAUCCUCAUUUUUAGAGAUUUGUGUCCAUGUAGCAUUAUUUGUGAGAUUUUUAUAAGGGAUGACGUUUAAUGUUUCCUGCCAAAGUAUGUACUGUAGUCACUUUUAGCAACUUGUUUCAACCACCACUUUAAAGGUAUGAGUAAGCUUAAAGUCCCCCUGUGGUGAAAAUCAAGUUUUGAAUGUUGUUUAAAUGUCUAUGUGGUGUUUUUAAUAUGCUUUAAGAUAAACCAUGUGCAAAAAAAAUCAUGAGCUGCUUAUAACUAGUGUAACUCCCAAAGCCUGUUCUCCCCUUUGCCACGAUCCCUACCACUGCCUUGUGCCUCAGCCUUGCUUCUACCGCCUCCAGCUCCCUAAUGGCACACCAUUUCCUGCCAGUGCGGAUUUCAAUGCCGGCCGCUGAGACUUUUUGGUCUUUUGAGUCUUGGUACUGCAUUGCCUCUCUAGUACCGGACACCUUGAACUCUUCCAUGAUCUAUUUUAAUGUACAGAGCUGCGCUGUUAAUACUGCGUGGCAAUCCAAGCCACCUACGAAGGUAUCCGCUGAUCUUCCUUUCCAUUGGCUCUACUUAUGUGACAGGCACACCAUACACCAGCAGGGGCCAGAGAAUGCAGGGCAGGAGGAUAUGUUGGUAAAUCCAGUACUUGAAUUUUCCUGGCAGCACUGACUUGUCCACACUCUCCGCUGAGCCAGCUCUCUUACUACUUAAUGGAUGACUUGACAGCUGCCAUGUCUCUAAGGCUCUGGUCUGUCAUGAGCGAGAACGAACUCAAGUGCGGGGGGAAAACAAACAAGCCUUUAUUCAGCCAGAGAACACAGAUUAAGCAAUCAAUGAGCAAAUACUCCAGUCGAUGCAACGUCGGGUGAACCUCCUCGCCGCGGGCGUGGAGAAGCCGGCAGGAGAGUAGAGCCAUGAGGUCGUAGCUUGUGAGCCGGACCGGUCUGCAG